AGUAUUCGUGAUUAAUUCGGUAUUUUAUUUCGUCGUUUGUCACGUAUUCGUAACGGAUUAGAAAAUAUUUCGAACUGCACGUACGUAGAAUGAUUUAAUAAUAACCUUCUGACGAAAAAAUCUUCGACGACGAUUUUAUUAUUCUAUCGUUAUUAAAAUGAACUUUAAACGCGGUCCAACAUUUAAAACGACUCUCUAUAAAAUGUCGGAUUGCAGAUAAACGGAAUUCACUCGUCGAUUCCUUUGUGACGAAGUACUGCGACGAGCGGGGUACUGUCGGAAUCCGCGAAAAUAUGGAUGCGAUUUUACAUGAAAGUAGUUUGGUUGAUCGGUCGAAAAAUAUCGAGGUUAAUAAAGAAAACGGUUGCGGAGAUAACGAAGACGAUUCUAAAAGAUGUGCGGUGAUGGUGGAUAUGAAAACGGAAAAUGUUUCUAUUGGUAAUACCAGAGAAAACUUUCGGAAAAAUUAUGUCGAUAUGGAAUUUGAGAAUAUUGUUUUUACCGCAACCGAAGGUACUAUUUUUACUAAAAAAAUUACGAAACAAAUCCUGCACGAAAUCAACGGUAGAUUUCCACCGGGUCAGUUGGUGGCGAUAAUGGGUCCGUCCGGAGCCGGUAAAAGUACUCUAUUGGAUAUUUUGAGCGGAUAUAGAAUACGCGGUGUCCGAGGAACGGUAAAAAUAAACGGACACCAAAGAAAUUUGAAAGAAUUUCGAAAAUUUUCUUGUUACAUCACUCAAGAUGAUCGAUUACAACCGCUACUUACCGUCGAGGAAAAUAUGAGGAUAUCGGCCGAUUUAAAAUUACCGUCUAAUGUUACUGAUAAAGAAAAAGAAAAAAUUAUAGAAGACAUCUUGAUUACUCUAAAUUUGAACGGUACUAGAAAAGUAAGAGCCGCAGGUCUAUCGGGAGGACAGAAGAAGAGACUAUCUAUAGCUUUAGAAUUAGUUAAUAACCCAAUGGUGAUGUUUCUAGACGAACCAACGACCGGUUUGGACAGUUCCUCGUGUACGAUGUGUUUGAAAUUAUUAAAAGAAUUAACUCAACAAGGUAAAACCAUCAUUUGUACAAUUCACCAACCGGCGGCUUCUAUUUUCUCUUUAUUCGAUCAAGUUUACGUACUAGGAGGUGGAUAUUGUUUGUAUCAAGGAAACACCGUUAAUUUGAUGCAGUUUUUGAUAGACAUCGAAUCUCCUUGUCCCGUUUACCACAAUCCAGCCGAUUACGUGGUGGAAUUGGCGUGCGGUGAAUAUGGUAAGGAUAAACCUCAAAAAAUGAGGCGGGCCACUGAUAACGGAAAAUCUUUGCGAUAUUUCAACGAACCUGAGAAAUUGUCUGCAAUUAAAGUUUGUGGUAGACUAAGUGGUAAAACGAAUGGCGGAUUACCAACUUCUUCUUUGCACCAAUUGAAAAUUUUAUUGAAGAGAGGAUUCGUCAGGGCGUUUAGAGACGAAACGUUAACGUACUUAAGGUUAAGUACAAAUAUUAUCGUUGGAUUGAUGUUAGGUACUAUAUAUUGGAAAUCCGGCAGCGAUGGAUCCAAAGUUAUGGAUAAUUAUAAUCUUAUGUUCGCCAUUUUGAUGCACAACAUGAUGGCUACUAUGAUGUUGACGAUUUUAACGUUUCCUCAAGAAAUGUCAAUCUUGAUAAAAGAACAUUUUAAUCGUUGGUAUUCGUUGAAAAUGUAUUACACGGCAGUUACUUUAGUCGAUAUUCCAAUAUCUGUUAUGUGCUGUUUUCUGUUUACUUCUAUUAUUUAUUAUAUGACGGACCAACCUUUGGAAACCGUCAGAUUUUUAAUGUUUCUCAUUACUAGUAUAAUGGUAGUUUUCGUAGCACAAGGGGUCGGAUUAAUGGUCGGAGCUUAUUUUGAUGUUGUAAAUGGUACUUUUGUGGGACCCACAUUGGCUGUACCCAUGAUGAUGUUUUCCGGUUUCGGGGUACGUAUAUGCGAUCUACCUAGUUACUUAUAUUGGGGUAACUACGUGUCGUAUCUCAAAUAUGGUUUAGAAGGACUCAUCGGAUCAAUUUACGGAUUAAAUCGUGGUAUUUUGGAUUGUCCCGAAGAUAAAUAUUGUUAUUAUAAAUACCCGAAGACUUUCUUAGAAAUAGUAGAUGUUAAAUCUGAUCAAUUCGAUAAUGAUAUGAUUGCUUUGUUAAUAUUUUUAUUCGUGAUUAGGAUAAGCGCGUACGUUAUUUUGAGGUAUAAAUUGGCUGCUGUACGAUAGUCAAUUUCAUCGUUUUGUGUGAACCGGUGUAUAAUUUAUUUGUAGAAAAAAAAAUCAGAAAUAUAUUUAUUGAUAUGUACUUCAAUCACAUAUUUUUAUAGCCUCUCUGUAUAUUUAUACCUAUUUUAAUUCAAAAUUUAUAAAAUCGGAAAGAAUAAUUUGGUUUGAAGCAUGUUUUAUAUUGUGUAUAUAUGAAUAUAAUAAUUAUAAAUUAGAGUUUUUGUUCAAAAAUAUAUUUAUAAAUUGAAUAAUA